AUGGCGCGUUUUUCGGGGGAUGAUGCCGAAAUUCUUAUCGAAGAAGUUCAAAAAUAUGAAUGUAUUUUUGACUACGAGGAUAAAAAUUUCAUAAUUAGAGAAAACGCGUGGAAAAAAAUUGCGAUUUCAGCAGGAAAAGAUGUUGACGACUGCAAAAAGCGGUGGAAGAGUAUUAAAGACACUUAUUUAAGGAAUAAGAAAAAACGAAAAUUAGUAACUGGUUCUGCCUUACUCGAUAAACCAGUCAAAUGGAACAAACAAGAAAGGAGCUCCGUAAACACACACACCUUAUCUGAAAACCAGUUUGGAACAAGACCGCCACCGAGUGGCGAAGAGUUUGCAACCAAUGGGGAUGACCAAAGUACCCUGGAUGAUCAUGAUAUAGAAAAUUGGGAACCACCAACACGCGAAACGCCUAACAUACAAAUAUCACAACAAAAACCUGCUGUUUCAGAAAACAACACUCAAUCUUCUAGUAGUCGCUACUCUACGCCUAUGGUACCAAAAGAGAAAAAACCCAACUUCAAAAUAUCGAUGCUUUCUACCGGGGCUUUGAUGAAAGAGCCCCAAAACGUAUGGAAAUGCUAG